UUUUUUUUAUUUUUUUGGAUCGCGCGCGGUCAAACAAUUUGGAUAUUUAAUCAUAAUGCUAAAACUAUGUUUUCAUUCUAUCGUUUCAAAAAACUCUAUAUUUUCGAAUUCAAAAAGACUUUGUAAUGGAUCAGGAAUUGACCAAAAAAUAAUAGAUUAUCUAUCCAAAUUUCCGAAUACAUAUGUGCAAGAAAAUAGUGAAAAGUUUUGGUCAUCAAUAUGGGAACAACGUGAAUUAUUUGUCAAUAAGGAUGCAGAGCCAAAAUUUCGUCUUUUAUUGCCGCCACCUAAUAUCACUGGUUCACUGCAUCUAGGUCAUUCAUUGACUGUUGCAAUCCAGGAUGCCUUAUGUCGAUAUCAUCGAAUGAAUGGUGAAACUGUUCAAUGGUAUGGUGGCACCGAUCAUGCCGGAAUUGCUACUCAGAUUAUCAUUGAAAAACUUCUAUGGGCCAAAUAUGGCAAAAAUAGGCAGGAUGUCUCUCGUGAAGAAUUUGAUUCUAUUUUUGAGAAAUGGAAACAAGAACGAAUUUAUGACAUUGAACGGCAGCUUAAAUCGCUGGGAGUUUCGAUCGAUUUUCAAUCCAAUUAUUUCACUUUGUCGCCAGAAAUGUCUAGAAAUGUAAAUCGAGCUUUUAUCGAAUUAUUUAAUCGUGGAAUGAUAUAUCGAGCUUCUUAUAUGGUGAAUUGGUCUUAUUAUCUGCAAUCAACAUUGUCGGAUAUUGAAGUUGAACAUAAAUUCAUAUCGGGUCCGACAGAAUAUAAAGUACCUGGUUGUGAUGAACCUUUUCAACUUGGUGUUUUACAUUAUUUCAAAUAUCCUUUAGAAGAUAUUGAUUCGAACGAGUUUGUUACGAUAGCCACUACAAGAAUUGAAUCAAUUAUGGGCGAUGUAGCCCUGGCUGUUAACCCUAAUGAUACACGUCAUGCCCAUUUGAUAGGAAAAUUUGCAUUUAACCCAUUUACCAAUGAAAAAAUGCCAAUUAUAGCUGAAGAAAGUGUGAAACCAGAUUUCGGGACCGGUGUACUCAAAUUAACACCUGCUCAUAGUUCCAUUGAUCAUGAAAUAGCCCUCCGACAUAAUCUUCCUUUGAAAACCAUUUUCAAUGAUCAAGGUCUUAUUGACUGUGAUUAUAAACCAUUGAACAACGUACAUCGAUAUUUAGCUAAAGAACUAGUCAAACAUGAGCUUAUUAAACGAGAUUUAUAUUGUGGCUCAAAAGAUCAUGGACACUGGCUACCGAUUUGUUCUCGAAGUGGUGAUAUAAUCGAAUCGCGCGUUGUACCUCAAUGGUUUCUGAAAACAGAUGAUGCUCGAUAUGCUGCCGAAUUCGUGGCCAAUCGUGACAAUCUUUCUGAAUCAUCCAAAGACUUUUGGAAAAAAAUAAGUAAAAAUCUAGAUGAAAAUAGUCGAAAUAUGGCUAUCAUUCCAUCAGGCUAUCGAAAUACUUGGAAAGAUUGGUUUAGUCGAUAUAAAGAUUGGUGCAUUUCUCGUCAAAUAUAUUGGGGACAUCAAAUACCUGCAUAUGAGGUUAUUCUUUCUUCAAAGCCAACCAAUAUCUGGAUAGCUGCAAUGAACGAAGAACAAGCCUUGAAUGUGGCUUGUGAAAAACAUGGUUUUCAAAAAGAGGAAAUCAAAUUGCGUCGUGAUCAAGAUGUCUUGGACACAUGGUUUUCAUCAGCAUUAUUGCCACUUGCCGUAACUGGUUGGUUUGAAUCAAAACGUUUUCAAGAUCUUCCACUUUCAUUAAUGGAAACUGGUCAUGAUAUCAUUUUCUUUUGGGUAGCAAGAAUGUCUUUAAUUUCAUUAAUGUUAUCGGGUCGUUUGCCAUUCGACAAAGUAUUAUUGCAUGGAAUGAUAUGUGAUGAAAAAGGAAAAAAAAUGUCCAAAUCAAAAGCCAAUGUUGUUGAUCCUCUUCAUCUGAUCGAAGGAGCGUCAUUUGAUCAAGUUUUGCAACAGAAUAAAGAUUAUUUUGAUUCUGGUUUGAUAACACGUGAAAAGUUCACUCAAGUAAUGAAUAGAUUGAUUAAAACCAUACCGAAAGGUAUUCCUGUAUGUGGAGCAGACAUGCUGCGAUUAUCUUUGCUUCAAUCACGAUUCAAGGAACAAAAUAUCAAAUUUGAUUUGCAAAAAACUAUUAAAAAACGCGUGUUCGCUAACAAAAUGCAUCAAACCCUUCGCUUUAUUUUGAUCAAUUUGACGGAUGAAUUCAAAGAAGAAUCAACAUUUGUUACCAAUACAAAUAAUCUUUCAAAAGUGGACAAGUGGAUUUUAUUCAAAUUGGCAGAUUUGGUGAAUCAUUGUCGAUUAUCAUUUGAUUCCUACGAUCUUCAUCAUUCGGCCAGAAAAAUUGAACAAUUCUGGACUGAUCAUUUAUGUGAUGUUUAUUUGGAAAGUAUCAAAAAAGACAUUGUUGACAGAACGGAGUCUUAUGCAAAAUCCAUGAAUGUUAUGCUAUACGUAGUUCGACAAACUCUCAAAUUAAUUCAUCCCUUCAUGCCAUUUAUAACUGAGAAUUUGUUUCAACAGUUAGAAUAUCGCCUCUCUCCUAAUUACUCUUAUCGUAGCAUUUUAGAAUUGGAAUAUCCAAAAGUGAAAAACGAUCAAGUUCUUAUAAAUUUUGAUUUUUCUAUCGAAAACGAUAUGGAAAAAGUUAUCGAAAUCACAAAGAAAAUUCGCUGGUUCAAACAACAUUUCCAUAUUCCUAAAGAUUCUGCAAUAGAAACGAUAAGAAUAGCUUCUUUACAUAGGAAUUUAUUCGAUUUUCAAUCACUAAUCAAAUCUUCUAUCAAAAUCGAUAACUGCUCAAUUGAAUUUGUGAACCUUUACGAUAUUUAUAAAUAUGAUGAUUGUUAUUGCGUCAAAGUCGAUAUUAAUAAUAGCAAUCGAUUCGAAAAAAGUGACGACAGUACUUCUAGUAGUGAUUCAGAUGAAGAAACUUUAACUACAUCAAAUUCGCUCAAAUGGGAUGAAAUCUACAUAUUGUUUUCGAUUAAUCAUGAACAACUAAAAUUGAAAUUAAUGGAAAAAUUUAAAAAUAAUCAAACAAAUAAAUGUGAUCAAUUAAUGGCCGAAAUGGAUUUAUUUCAUUUUGAAAAUUUUACAAAAAAUUAUAAAAAACUAACAAAAAUAGUUAGCUAAAUAAAAUAAUUAUAAAUCAUA